AUGGCGGAAGUAGACGUAGCCGGACUAAGCGCCGGAACCACGCAUACCGGCGUGACCGGCGGUGGUAGCGUGCCCACUGCGCGACGAUACUCUCUAGGCAUUGUGCAGCCUGGCGGCGCGGGGGGAGAUGCCGGCGGCGCGAAGGUUCUGAGCUCAAAGUCGGAGCUUAAAGACGCGCUGACGGCGUUUCAGCAGACGUUCGUCAUGUGUGACGCGACGAAGCCCGACAACCCUAUCAUGUUCGCCAUUUCCAAGGCAGAAGUGGCGGAGGUGGCGGAGCUGCGCGCAGGGCGGGGACAGGGGAAAGCUGUUGCGGAAUGGUGGUGGGGGGAGCUGGUGCGGACGGCUCUUGAUCUUCCUCACUCUAUCCUCCCUCGUUAUCCCCCCUUAUUUCCCCCAACCGCUCCCCUCUCUCUUCCCUGCCCUUUCCCCUCCGCGCGUUCGCACAGUCGUUUCCUGCAGGGCGAGGAGACGGACAAGGCGGAGAUUGCGAAGCUGCGCGCGGCAGUGGCGGCGGGGGAGAGCUGGUGCGGGCGGCUGCUCAACUACAAGAAGGACGGCUCGCCCUUCUGGAACCUUCUCACCGUGUCGCCCGUUAAGGACGACAACGGGACGGUCGUUAAGUUUAUCGGGGGAGGUGACCCAUUGCACCAGAAACAGCGAGUGCAUACUUCUCUUAUUCCCCUUCUCUACCCCUGCCUAAUUUCCUCACUCCCAUUGUCCUUCCUCCUCCUCCCUUCUACCCUUUCCCCGGGAGAACCAAAUUCACGGAAGGUGGCAAAAAUAAGAACUGUCAAAACCUGUCUUACUCCUAUCGCCUCUGCCCCUGCGUACCCCUCACACUCCACUUCUCCCUCUCCCCCUCCUCCCCGCCUCCCCUCCUGCAGCAUGCAAGUGGAGGUGACAAAAUACACGGAGGGCGCAAAGGACAAGGAGACCCGCCCCAACGCGCUGCCCGUCUCGCUCAUUAAAUAUGACGGUACGUACUGUUCAGAGUUUAGGAGUGGAGCACAAUACCCCACCCCCCUUUUCUGCAGAGGAACCGGAAAGUACAGUUUUGAGGCGCCUCAAAAGAGGGAAGAACCGGAGAGAACAGUGUCUAAGCUGGUGGUGGAGGUGGGUAACAGGUCUAUUCCCCUUCUUGGGCUCCUUACCUCCCCCUUUCUCUUCACCCGCCCCGCUCUUCCUCCCCCCAACACAGCGCGCCAGAGGGAGGAAGCGGAGAGCACAGUGUCUGAGCUGGUGGCGGAGGUGGGGAACAAGUCGCUGCAGGCGGAAGGGGGGGAGGCGGAGGGCGGAACGCAGCCCCCCAAGGCGGAGGGGGAGGGGUCGGGGGGAGCUGCGGUGGGGGCGGACGGGAAGGGCAGUGAGAGGCGCAAGUCUGGGCUCAUGUCCUUGCUGUCCAAGAAGGAGCGGUCGGAGCCGGCAAUGGAGGCGGUGGAGGAGGAGGACGAGGGCGAGCACAAGGCGAGGAGGGGGCUUGACUUGGCGACUACCUUGGAGCGAAUCCAGAAGAACUUUGUCAUCACGGACCCGCGCCUGCCUGAGAACCCCAUUAUCUUUGCGUCAGACGAUUUCCUUGAGCUCACAGAGUAUUCCAGAGAGGAGAUUCUGGGGCGCAACUGCAGGUUCCUGCAAGGCCCCGACACGGAUCCCAAGACGGUGCAGAGGAUUCGAGAUGCGAUCAAGAAGGAGGAGGAUAUCACGGUGCAGCUGCUCAACUAUACCAAGUCAGGCAAGCAGUUCUGGAAUCUCUUUCAUCUGCAGGCCGUGCGCGAUAACAAGGGCAUGCUGCAGUACUUCAUCGGAGUGCAGCUGGACGCCUCCCAGUAUGUGGAUCCUUCAAUCCACGGGCUACAGGAGAAGCUGGCAACCGAGGGAGAGAAGAUUGUGCUGGAAGCAGCUAACAAUGUGGAGGGCGCAGUCAGAGAGCUCGCCGACCCUGGUGCUGCCGCUGGGGACCUGUGGGCCGUGCACACAGCACCAGUGGCAAUGAAGCCGCACAAAACUGGUGACCCGGCGUGGCAGGCCAUUCAGGAGGUGAUCAAGAAGGACGGCAAACUAAGCCUGAAGCACUUCCGACCAAUCAAGCCCCUGGGCGCUGGAGACACGGGCAGUGUGCAUCUCGUCGAGCUGAGGGACACAAAUCGUCUCUUUGCAAUGAAGGCGAUGGACAAGGAGGUGAUGGUGAAUCGCAACAAGGUGCACCGCGCUUGCACUGAGAGGGACAUUCUGGGAAGGAUCGACUUCCCCUUCCUGCCCACGCUCUACGCCUCCUUCCAGACCGCCACGCACGUGUGUCUGAUCACGGAGUUCUGCGCCGGUGGUGAGCUGUACGGCAUUCUGGAGAAGCAGAAGGGCAAGCGCCUGCCCGAGGCUGCUGCACGCUUCUUUGUGGCGGAGGUGCUGCUGGCGCUUGAGUACCUGCACUGCCAUGGAGUUGUCUACCGUGACUUGAAGCCGGAGAACGUGUUGGUGCAGGAGUCAGGCCAUGCCAUGCUCACUGAUUUCGAUCUCUCCUUCAGCACCGAGUGCAAACCCAAGCUGGAGUUCCCACCCGUCCCGCCUGACUUUGAGAAGCGCAAGAAGAAGGCGGCCCAAGUGGGAUGCGGAGGCGCCACCAAGGGUCCGUCCCCUUCAGAGCUGGAGCUGGAGCUGCUGCCCAUACUUGUGGCCGAGCCAGAGGCAACGAGCAACAGCUUUGUGGGCACGGAGGAGUACAUUGCUCCGGAGAUCAUCAGCGGUACCGGCCACAGCAGCCCCGUCGACUGGUGGACGUUUGGAAUCUUCCUGUACGAGCUGCUGUACGGUCGCAGCCCCUUCCGCGGGCGCAACCGCCAGCGCACCUUCACCAACGUGCUCACCAAGGACCUCGCCUUCCCGGCUAACCCUCCGGUGUCGGACGAGGCCAAGGACCUGAUGCGCAAGCUGCUGCAGAGGGACCCGGCGGACCGCCUGGGGGCGAAGCACGGCGCCAUUGAGAUCCGAGCCCACCCCUUCUUCAAAUCCAUUGAGUGGCCGCUCAUUCGCAACAUGAAGCCGCCGCAGCUGGAUGUGCCAGUGAAGGCGAUUUCGGCAGAGGCAGAGGAGGGAAGGCCGUCGACAGCAGAGGAGGAAAUGGACUGGGAUGAGAAUGAGGCCAGGCCGUCCACUUCACUUGACUACGGCUACUGA